AUGGCAUCACAAAUAUGGGAUCCGAACUCAGACUCUUUUCCGACCAUCGAAGAGCUUCCCGCGAUUGAAGGAGCCCCAAAAUAUGCGGCUUGGUUCUGGGGCAAAGAUGACUAUCUGGGUAGAAUCAAUCUGCUGACGCCAGCUCGCGUGAAAGCCGCAGCAGCAGAGAUCAAGACUGGUGAGCUAGCAAGGACCGACCUGCCUCUUCAUGUUCCAGAACAGCCUGCUUUCGGACGCCAGCAAUUUGAGCACAAAAUCACACCACUGAGGCCGGAUCUGGCUUAUGAUGACAUUUACUCGCUGAAUACGCAGUCGGGAACACAGUGGGAUGGAUUUCGACACGUUGCCCACCAUGAGACAGGAUACUUUUACAACUGGACCACAGGGAAGGACAUCGAUGGACCGGAACGCAACGAGAAAGCCAGUAUUCACUACUGGUCGCAACACGGUCUUGCAGGUCGUGGAGUUCUCCUGGACUAUCGCAGCUACGCGACAUCCAAAGGAAUCCAAUACGAUUCCGGAACUGCCCACGCGAUUUCUUACCAAGAUCUAGUUGAGACGGGCAAAUCCCAAGGCAUUGACAUUCGUCCGGCUUCUCAGGGAGGUGACAUUCAGAUCGGAGACAUCCUAUUCAUCCGAGCAGGUUAUACUGAAGACUAUUACAAACGCACCAAAGAAGCCAACACGGCGCUAGGCCUUCGCAAAUUCGCGCCAGAAGGCAGCGACUCCGAGGUCCAGGCAUGGGCCGGCGUGAAACAAGGCGACGAGAUGCGGAAUUGGUUGCAUGAUUGCUACUUCGCCGCUGUAGGAGGUGAUUCUCCCACUUUCGAAAAAUUCCCGCCUCCCGCAGACGGUACUGGGCUGCAUCCAUAUCUUCUGGCUUGUUGGGGAAUGCCGCUUGGGGAGAUGAUUGAUCUUGAGAAGGUCGCGCAGUUGGCGAAGAAGAAUCAGAAGUGGACGUUCUUUUUUACAAGUGCACCUGCUAAUGUUGUGAGAGGUGUGAGUAGCCAUGUGAACGGGACUGCAGUCUUUUAA